UCGAGACGAGCUUCAUCGAGCUCGAAAGGCGUGGGUCAGGGAGAAGAAGUUGCCGGAGUUCAUGCACAAGGAUACCUUUAAAAUUUUGUUGGCAAAAUGGAGGAGUCCAAAAUAUAUUGUACUCCAGGAAAGAGGUUGGCAAAACCGAUCAAAGGGUGAUUGUGUGACCCACACAAUUGGAUGCCUUUCUAUUGGGAUCCAUGAAGAUCGACUGGCAGCUAAAAGAGGAGGAGUUAGGCCGACACCUUAGGAGGAGUUAGGCCGACACCUUUAGAGUCGUACUUGUUGACUCACACGACUUGCCGACCUGAUGCUCUAGAAGAUGCCCCACCCGCUUGGGUAUGUCCACAGGCUGAGCAGACAUAUAACAAUGCUCACCAAAAAUAUGUGGAGAAGCAUGGGCCAAACCAGGAAUCAUGGCCAGAAUGGGAUCCACUUAUCUGGAAGGAGGUGGUUGGACCUUCUAAAAAGGGUCAAAUGAGAGGGAUGUCUACAUUACAGGAUCCAGCAGAGCAUGGCAUCCCUUGGCGACGGUAUGACAUGAG